AUGAGCCUGGAUGCAUUUGCAGCCAAGGCCGAGGCGGCCCCGGGAAGCCCUGGAAACCUCAGAGGUCCUGUGCCUGUGUGGGCUCUGGCCUUUGUGGGUUUGGGUUUCUUCGACCGCGAGCCCAACGGCGAGCCCAGAGUGACGACUGACGGAACAAAGCCCGUCUACUAUCCCCCCGAGAACCGACCUGAGCAUUUCAAUGAAGUCAUGCCCGUUUUCCCGUCAUGCGUCCCUUCACUUCAAGAUGUGUUCUUGAGGGAUACAGACGUCACCAGAGCCCCGGUCGUGGUUUUCCUGUCCUUCGAGGCCCUUUGCCAAAGUCAUGAAGGUGACCAGCUCGUCAUUUCCGAGAUGGGCCUGACAUUCUUGGACCUGGACCUUCUCGCUCAGCAACAGGGCAAGAGCCACCCUGGAAGGCGCGGUGAAAACCUUCAAUCGAUCAUGCGAUCACAGCAUUACAUCGUCAAGCAGUUCAUGGGCCACCAUACUGGAAAGGGGGGCCAAGAUGCGACCUGUCAUGACCCCACACACAUAUCUCGUCUUUGGCUGUAUGCCUUUGGCAAGAGUCAGUACAUCGAUGCUGACCAGAUCCGCUACCGGCUGGACAAAACUUUCACCCGCGCCUCGCAGCUCCAUCUGACAAAGAAGCAAGUUCAAAACGGCGAGAUUCGCGACGUCAUCGUGGCAGGUUACGACGCCCAGAUUGUCGAAGGCGUCUUGGCCCAUUUCCAGUGCGAUUUCUACCGCCAGCGAGUCUUCUAUCAGAUCUGGGACAUCAAGUCAUCCCCUCUCCUGACGAACGUGCUGCCUGCAGGCAUCCAGCUGGGUCUGUGUGAUUUGGCUCAGCACAUAGGCCUGCAGACCACGGUCAACAACUUCAAUGUGACCCGCAACUCGGGUAACGAUUCCGCGCUCGCUGGCUCUAUUUUUCUGGCUCUACUAUUCUUGAGCCGAGAGGAGGUGAAGAUUCUUGGCAAGGGGAAGGGACUAUUUCAUAUCCGCCGACCCCGCUAUGUUGAGUACGCCUUGGCCAGACUCAACUAUCCAGGUAUCGCCCCAGCUGAUGGCGGAAGGCGUAUCGCUUUCACUCAUUACCAGCACCCUCACUCCGAGCCCCGUGUAGGCCGGGUGCCGGGCGACAUCAAGGAGGAAGUGGGUACCAAGGAGGAAGUCGGAAUCAAGAGGGAAAUUGAAAUCAAGAAGGAAUGUGAGGAUGAUAACUAUUGA